AGUUUUCUAACAUUUACUUCAGCAUUGUAUUCAAAUAAAUAAACUACCUUACAGAAGUCAAAGAAAUGGAACGUACAUAUGAGUUUCCUGAAGCAAACCAACCUUAUAACCAUAAUCAUCAACCCAGAUGUGAUGUUUUUGAAAGGAUUCAAACUGAACAGACAUUAAAUUUACUAAGCAACUUGGCCCAUGAGUACUGGAAAUGGUUUCUCCAGAAACUUGCCCAACUCAAGAGCCUCUGCUUUUGGCCAAGAUGCAACAUAGGACUAACACUAGCCGGCGAUCCUCAGUUGCUGGAGAGGAUUAGCCAAGCUCGGGGCUGGAAAACCGCAGCCAUCCGGUAUAUUGAGUUCCACCCGACCACCUCAUUGAUGGCACUUUUGAACAACCAGGACGAGGUAUUGAUCUACGACAAGAGGAGCGAGUGCCCCAUCAAACUGCAAUCCGUUAAGCAGAGGGACACCACCUGUGCCGCCUUUCGUCCUUGGUCCCACAGUUGUGAAUUGGCCGUGGGAUGUGCAGCCGGGAUUUGCUUGUGGCAGGAUACUCGGCGUCUCAAUGUCAAGCUAAAUAUUCGACAUAUGACGGGCACUCAUCACUUGCAAGUCCUGGAGGAUGCGGCCCACCAGUAUGUGACUUCAAUGCAGUGGAACGAAGAUGGCACCAUCCUGAUUACAGCCGCAUUGGGCUCAUCGCACAUCGUACUCUGGGAACCGGACAGCCAGCAGAAGAUACAUUUGAUACCGAAUCCGGAGAGCUCAAGCUCCUUUUCCCUGCUGCGCUAUAGUCCCGAUUUUCAGGUGCUUUUUUGCGCCUCCUGCGAUGCCGGCGCCAGUCUUUGUCAACUGAAUAGAUCGGAAUGGAGGUCGAAGAAGGUCCUUAUGCAGCAUCGCAUCCAAACGGCCGUCUGGACACCGUGUGGCUCCUUUCUGCUCCUCGUGACGGAUGGCAGCACUCGGAUUUACUCAUGUACCAACAAUGGCGAGGCCACGGUUUUCCUCUUCCCCCAGCCGCUGUGGAGAGUGGAGUUGGUAAUGGAUCUGCAGGAGGUCACCACCUGUGCUGGACAGCAGCGGUACUGCGGUGAGCCCCAGACCUUCGCCAUGGAUCCACUGGGCAUCUACAUGGCCACCAUCUUCAAGGCGCAGUCCUUCGUGCUGCUCUGGCUCUUGGAUAACUCGCGACCGGGUGCAGUGCGACUGCUACCCCUGGAAUUCAUCUUUUGCAACGUGGAUGGUGACCAAUAUCCCACUUGCAUCGCCUUUGGAGUUUUCAGUUCGCAAGCCAGGUGGUUGGUCAUCUGCUGGAAUACCGGGCACAUUCAGCGUUAUGUCAUCACUGCAAAGUGCUUCAAAGAAGCCCAAUUAAUUCAUAACGUAAAGUAAGAAGUAUACAAAUGUCCUACCCAAGUUCCAAGUAUCAAGUUAAAUAAAAUAAAUGGCGUGAAUACAAUUUUAUUUGGAUGCAGCAAUUUGCGAGGCGAGCUAUUAAAUUCCCGUUCUCCCACAUGAAUAUUCAACGGAAGCGCUUAUGCAAAUGGAAAUGAAACUCAAGUCGGCGAGCAACCAGUUUCCGGAUACCAACUCCAUACUUCCACUGGCAGCCCAGAAACCCGGGAAUGUCCUUUAUGCUGCUGGUAUUUUUAUUCACCUGACAGCCGUGAAGUGAGCUUAAUGGCAAUAAAUCGUUGCCUCGAUUUCUGAUUGCACACCGGAAAAAUUGGUUUUACACAGACUUUACACUUUUGUAAUUGACGUUUUUUAUUCCAAAGGUUGAAAUUGAAAAUAAUGCCAUCUUGCUAUCUUGCUAGCCAAUACAACCGAAUGUUUUGCCAAAAAUUCCAUUUGACAUUCGACUUUUGGUCGCAAUCGUAGAAUUAAUAUGUAUUUAUUUGCUUUACUGCUUUAUAUGGGUUAUUCUAUUUUUGGGUUAAAUUGGUCUUUAACGACUCCCUGGGUACUAAAUUAAAAUGGCAAUAAUCAAACCGGAAAAGGGAAAACAAAUUUAAUGCAGUCUAACGACCAACUCUCAGAGGAAAUUGACAAUUCAAAGUUAAUCUGAGGUCUAAUGGAAAUUGAUUUCGUUCCUAGCACUUGUUUGCUGGUUUAACUUAGGAAAAGAGACAUUUCUACUAGGUUUUUAAGUAAAUAAUAAAUAGAAAAAAUAUGCAACGAAUUCCCAAACUAUCGAACCAAGUAAAUAAUGGAGAAAGAACCCCAUCAAGAGUGUUUAUCCACUUGAAUAUUUCAAUAUUGACCAACCAACAAUGGACACAAAAAGGGAGCUUAGUAGCAAUAAUCUGGAGGCGAAUGGAGGCAAGAACUGCAAGUAAAAUUGAGUAGGCAACCACAUAAUCGCAAUCUUCAGAUCCACUCAUCGGCAAACCGACAUUGAGUUUGGUCUGCAACUUUCCCUAGGUAAACAACUUACAACCGAAAUGCCAAAAUGCCUUUCCUGCCAUAAAGUAAUUUCCGAGGACUGAGAGAUACGAGUAUAACGCUGACCAAUGCGGAAAAAAGCGCAAAAAACAUGAAUGCAAAUAAGUUUCGAACAAUGGCAGAAGCUCGUGAAUCACUUAACAUCCAAAUACCAUGCAAAAUGGACCAUGGAGCACAGAAGGCAAUACGAGUGUCUUUGUUGUGGAUUCGUUCGGGUUCCAUCUAUUCAUACAUUUAGCAGAACUAAUGGAAUUACCGGACUGGCAAGACCUAACUUUGCAUGCCUGAAGAAUAUCAAGUUUGUUUUAAAACUGUAUCUUAACAGCAAAAUCAAAUAAACAAAAUGAAUUUUUACUGCCCGCAUUCCAAAAAAACACACACGAAUCUUCAAUAAUACUCCAUUUCCUGGCAUAAAAAGCCUGAGGACCGUACAUUAAAGUUUAAUGUCGGGAGUGAAAAUGUGUAGCCAUAAAAAUCAUUUAAAUGUUUGUUUUUCCGAGAUCCCGUCCCAUCCACUUUUAUUGUCACGUGUGAAAAUACUUUGGGGAGUCUGACAAAGCCGGCUUAAAUUUUAAUAGAUAUGUUACAAUUUUGAUUUGAAAAGUGCCUGGAAAAGCACACGACUAGCUCUCUGACAUAACCACUUUGUAUUGCAGAAAAAUGCGUUAACAUUUCGAUCGAGCAUUGAAGUAAAAUAUGCGAGGCUUGGAAAAUGCCAGGAAUAAACCAAGUAAAAAGACAACAACAAAUGUUAUUACAUAUUGAAAACAGCGCACAAUCAAACAAAUCCAUAUUUAUUGUUUUAGCCAAUUCGGCUCAAACAUCAGGAAUACAAUUUAAUGCAAUGCAUGUAAUGGUUGGAGUACCCGAAUCGGCAAAGUUGGCAAUAAUUUUGUGCAGACGUGGUUUAGGCCUUGAAAUGCUGACAAUGUGGGUGUUGAUUUCCACCAUCAGUUUCGGGGGAAAAACUGUAAUGACGCCAGGACUCAAGAUGCGAGAGGGCAAAUGCGAGGUACACGCUAGACAUACCAAAUAACUUCACUUUCUUUGUGUGUGUGUGCGGAUGUCCUUUUGAGUUUGGGGACGUGGGAUUAUAUACGCUCAUCCCCGGGAGAUUCCGGGAUAUUGGGGGAUAUUUUCCGGAAUGCGAGUGUGUCAAAUGGCGUAAACGCAGAGCAAUCAGCAAUGAGGCAUCAAUAAUUCUUAACGCGUUUGCGGCACUCUCGGCGCUUUGGAAUUCUCUUCGUUUUCAUCUGAUGAUCGGAAAAGCGUCUCGACCCAUUAAAACUAAAGUUUUUUCUCCACAA